AGUUGGAUUAGAUCCCGCCCCAGACAAGCAACGCGAAGAGUAAUGGAAGCAGCUGCAUCAGUGCGUACCUAUGGCCGGCCGCCGGAUUGAUGUUGCAGCCGAGCGCCGGCGCCAUCGAAUCGCCGCCCUGCGGCCCAUCCAUCUAGCUAUAAGUCAAAGAGCAAGAGAAGAGAGAGUCAGAUGUGUUCACGGGCUUGCAGCAGGGGAGGGGGCGGCGGUGGAAGACAAAGCUACACUGAGCCAUAGAUGGAGCAGUAGUGCAGUACCCACGUGACCACAGCGACCGUAAUAGCCUGCUACCACAGUGACAGUUUCAACAAAACUGGCUUACUUGUCGGGCAUCUCGAGAUACAGUGAAAAGAUUCUACCGCUGGGAUAACGCGGCCCCCGCGCAGAUGCUCUAAAAAUCCGCAUCCCAGUGGCACCGGCACCGCGCCCUAUGGACACACUCCAACCCUCAGAACUCCGGGGCCUGCGACGCUGGCCUAGCCGCUGCUCCAGGCGCAUCAUCCCUCCCGUUGCGCAUGAGAAGGGGUCGCGCGGUGUCGACCGACGUCGCCCAGGUGUCUGCCGACAAGGGCGUGGGCGCCAACGGGGCACACCAGGCGGCCGCCAAGGAAGGAGAUGGAGAUCCUGAGACAAGUUUGUGUAGCAAGGCCAUUAAAAUCAUGACGUACAAUGUGUGUUUCGGGAAGGAUUAUGAACUGCACAGCAGGAUUCUUGCUCUUGGAAAUAUUAUUCAGCACCACAGCCCAGAUCUUAUAUGCCUCCAGGAGGUUACACCAGAGAUACAAGGGCUUCUGGAAAAAUCCGCCUGGUGGCCAGAAUACAAAUGCUUCAUGUCACGUGAGAUGGAAUAUUACAUGAAGGAGAAGGAGGACAUCGCCCGUUCCAAUAUGGGGAAAACAUUGUCGAAACGAAAAAAAUAUAUGGAGAGAUCAUAUUUCUGCAUGCAGGUACUAUGAAUUAGGUGGAUGAGGAAUGGAUGCUCUGUGCUCCACCCCAUUGCCACGGAUUGUCCCCAAUUUUCUGAAACUUUGAAAGAGGAGGCAUUGGGUGGCAAGAUAAAAGAUGCUUAUACCUUGCUAAUUGUCGCGGAACCUAUGGUAGGUCUGAGUAACUCUUACUUUCUUACCUCUCAUGUGAAAAGAGAGACCAUGUUAAAAUUGCUCAUACAUGCUCGAGCUCCUUUUAUUUCUUCAGAAAAUGUUACCUCCUUUUAGUUCUCCAGAAAAGGUGCUAAUGGCGUAGCUCUCACUCCACUACCGACCGUUUCAGAUAUCCCACGAUUCGAGAUAGGCGCCUACAAAGUCAAAAUAGAACCCCGAAAAGGGUUGGC